AUGGUGUCGUCAAAGCAGAAAUUCCCGGUUGAGGUCGUUGAGCUCAAGAAGAACGCCGUUGUCAAGAAACCCUCUCCUUUGAAGACCGAUCCCAUUGUGGUCGCGGUAGAAUCCGAGGAUGUCGAGGUAGCGAAGGGUUCCAAGGCCAAGAAGUUCGUUGUCAAGAAGGCGGCGACAGAGAUAUCCAUUACCAAGCGGGUCGAAAGUGAGACAACCGCACCCAAGAAGGCCAAGUCUGAGGAUGUCGAAGUGGUGAAGGAUCUCAAGGUCAAGAGGGUACUGGCCAAGAAGCCCAACACGUCUGAGCUAAAGUCAAUCAAGAAGGUCCAAGUCGAGCGCGUUGAGACGGCCGAUGUUGUCAAGACGAAGACAAUCAAGAUUGCCAAGGACAAGAAGAAGAUGGCCACCAGCGCGACCUCGACUGUGGUGUUAUCGACACCAGAGAGAACUGACAAUUCACGCAAGCAAGGACAUCAUCCACCGCCACCAUUUGCACAGCUCCUUCUGCAACGACCCCAGGAAAGCCAAAAGAGACCGCAGGAUAUAUAA